CGGCCGUUCUUAUUUGUCGUAUGCCAUCAAGAAACAAACACCAUCUUGUUCAUGGGACGCAUUUGUAACCCUCUUACCUGAGUCUGCUUUUUUGGGGCCGCAUGCUACAGUUUCCAAGUUAACUGUUCGCUACUUCCCUGCGCCGCGUUGAAACGUGCAUAGUGAUUAUUUUUUAGUUUCGUCAAAUUGAGAUUUUACUUUACAAUGUACCGGUACGAUGUGUCAAUGGUACAUACUGUACAUGUUGUGCACAAAGCUUUCACAAUCAGUUUUAUACAUGUACACAUGACUGCUUCUACAGCUACAGUAGCCGUAGUAAACUGCGGUUGCUGUUUGAAAAAUACCGUAAUUGAAAUGCUCUCCCGCCGUCGUGCAAUAAGCCAAACUGGUGAAAGAUCCUUUCACUUAUCACGCGGAUCAGCGUGUGAGUAGCGUGAUUGCGCCGGUUUCAAUCGAUUUCCGAUACCGGCCUCUGUCGAUCCAUCACGUAGGAAACUAGAAAGCAACCGCUGGGUUGCUUUCACGUCCGCUGCGUUUUUCAUCCCGCAUCUGCGCCCGUGUCAGCCAGCCGCACUGGCUGUAUGUAUCUGUACAGGCGCAAAGUGAAGAGUACGCUAGCUAAACGUACACUGCAAAGAAAAAAUAUUACUGACCAUUAUUGAUUGACUGGAAACCAUAUCGGCAGCGUGUUUGGCGUAAGGAAGAACAUUGAUAGACCUGAGCUUUUUAAACGGCUGCAUCCGAAAAACCGCUCCAUAUGGUGACCCAAUAAUUCCAGUGCGGAGAAUCUCAGGGAUUUCUGUAAACCAGACUGUUCAGCAAAUAUUUUCCUAUUCUGAUUAUCACCCGAAAACGGAAGUAGACUAGUUUUGAAUGUGUCGUGUACGGCCUUAAUUUGGAUCCAAUGGGGAAAUCUGGCAAGACAUUCGCGGCUAUCCUUAACCGCGACCAGACCUGGGCCUACCAUGAAAUCAUUGCGGAGGCCCUGUUCGUCCUGUGGACCGGAUGCCAUUUGUCCUUGAAAUUCGGAACGCGCUUCUUCCCGGAAUGGGAGACAACGCGCAUCGACCCGGACAGCUACACCAGCCUCGAUCGUCUUCUGUGGCUACUGCUUCGUCAGAAUAUCACUGGCUGUGUAUGGGAUGACGUUGUCUCUCAUUGGAAACCCGUGAGCACGGGGCGCGGCAUUGUCGGUUACACUGGCGCCAUCAGUGUCCUCGGCAUGACCCUGUUUCUCGGCGUCUCCUUUCUGUGCUCCGCGUGGGUCAACCGUGACUGGCACAUUCCCCGCUGGACACAGCACUUGCGCCACUGCCGGCGCAUUACGACCUGGUUCGGCUACCGCACGACCUACGACGGUGACGAAUGGGAUGUGCCUACGGAGGGUGGUUGGCGCUUCUGGACUCUGUGGUUCCUUGUUAGUUUAGCCAGUAUGACCGUGUUUGUCGGGUUGUGGCUCGUCUUCUGCGCGUUGCCGGUGGUCAUCGUGGCGGGACUGACGGUGGCCUGGAUCGGCCGGCACGUCGGUGAAGAGGUCGUGUUCCCGGCGACGGUGGUGUGCUUCGGUCUACUAGUAGUGCAUUGCACCGGUCGAAUUUGGGGAUUCGGGAUGAAAAAGACGUAUUUCACGCAGUGGCAUGAGAUGAUCAGAUAUGCCACGGGAAGGCGCCUUCUGGUGCAGCCAUUUGCGGCUGACCGGGAGAACGAAAUUGCACACACGACAGAAACAGCGACCGACCCAUGGUGGUGCGUUAGACGCGCGAGAUUGCACGCGCUCUAUGUGGUGGUGUUUCCGGCGUGGUACGCUGUGGUUAACCACAGCGCGAACGUGCUGCAGCAGUUGCCGUUCCCUGCCGGCUGGAUGGAUCCGUUCUAUCAUGUGACAAGGGUUCUCUACUCAUUCCUGGACCAUGCCGACAUUCGCGAUUCCCCAUCCGCCUCGGCAUCGACAUCCGCCUCGGAAAUCUCCUGGACAACCACUGUCCCGAGCACAUCGACGUCCGCCGCGAGCUCCUACUGGAAAACCGUCACUUGCACCGAGUGCUGUGACAAUUUCGCAACGGGACUGCCCCAGUGGAAUGCGAUGUUAUCGUACUAUGUCGACUUAAAAUACCCCCCGUGGACCACCGACAAUCCGACCAUGGUGGCGCUGUUCAACACGGUCUUCUCACCGGUGACCGAACGCUUCUAUCUGGCAUGGAUGACGACCAUUGCGUGGGUGGUCGGGCUCCCGAUGAUUGUCAUGGGACUGGCGGGAGUAGUAGGCAUGCCCGCGCGCUGUGCCUGGCAUUGCUUCCGCGCGCUGAUCACGAAACCGAAGAAGGUUCUGGAUAACGCGGAGGACCUCAACGAGAAGGAACGUUCUCCGGAGAAAUCCGCGAUCGAGCCCAAGAAGAAACCGUUCUGCGUGUGCGCUUUAUGGAUGGCCGUUGAACGGCUCAUUUUGGUGGUAUUUUCGCGCUGUGCGAUCUGGUUGUGUAUCCCAUUUCCUGUGCUGGAGCUAAUCGUUCCGGAGCAGUAUCUGUUGCCGGCAUGGCUGCUACUGCUGAGUGUUAUCGAAGUGGGCCUCUACUGCUGUGUGUGGAAGACCAUCCGUUACCGCUGCCGUGAGCGGCACGCAGACGGUGACGAUUCCUGGCACCGAGGGAAGGCGGUACCGGAAGAUGGUGAUGCACUGCUCUUGGCACCGUAAUCAGCUGCCCAUUUAACGGAGACUUCCCUGGCGAUAGUUCAAGCGUCCGUACAUUUUCGACAGUCUUGUAUUUCACAAAAACUUUCAUAGUUCCCUUCGGAAUCGUCGUACACGAGAAGCUCCUACUUGUAUACUAAAGGUAUUUGCUGUGCGCGUUCGUGCAGCAUAUUUACUGAUCAUUAUUGUUCCAUCCGAAUGCGUUCUCAAAUGCGGUAUUAUUUCUGUUCUCUUAAUCACGUGUACGAAUUAAUCUUCAGACUUAAAAUACUCUGACGUGUGUUGGUAAUUUUAGUUUGUCUUGAUUUCAGCUAGUAUUCUCUUAGAUUGACAAUUUACACCCAAGAAUGUAUGCCUCAACGGUUCUACAAAUUAAUAAUGUCAA